UAGAUACAGUUGAAGUUUUAAAAGUCAUUGCAAGCAAGCCCCUUUCUUCUCCUUCCUGUCUUCUCCCCUCUCUUCAAAGUUUAUCAGACAAGUGGGAAAUCGCAAUUGCAAUUUUGGAAGGGAGGAAUGGCUUCGUGGAAUUCAGUUCCGCUGGAAAUCACAUACGAAGUUCUGGGAUGGGCGGCAUUCAUAAGUUGGUCCAUCAGCUUCUACCCACAAGUCAUCUUGAAUUUCCGGAGGAAAAGUGUUGUGGGGUUGAACUUCGAUUUCGUGGUGCUGAAUUUAACAAAGCACUCCUCCUAUCUUAUCUACAACGCCACUCUCUACUUCAGCUCCGCCGUUCAAAAGCAGUACUUGGAGAAGUACGGCUUAGGACAGAUGAUACCUGUUGCAGCAAACGAUGUUGCUUUCUCUAUUCAUGCUGUUUUACUAACAGCAAUUACCCUAUACCAAAUUGCAAUCUAUGAACGUGGAAAUCAGAAGGUCUCCAAGAUUUCCAUUGGAAUUGUUGCUGCCGUGUGGUUAGGUGCUGCUGUUUGUGUUUUCUUAGCUUUGCCAAGUCAUUCUUGGCUUUGGUUGAUUUCCAUUUUCAACUCGAUUCAAGUUUUUAUGACAGUCAUCAAAUAUAUUCCCCAGGCGGUCAUGAACUUCCUGCGAAAGAGCACAGAUGGAUUCAGUAUUGGUAACAUUUUACUUGAUUUUUCCGGAGGGGUGGCAAAUUAUUUACAAAUGGCUGUGCAAUCUAUAGAUCAAGGUUCUUGGGUGAACUUUUAUGGAAAUAUAGGGAAGACACUGCUGUCUUUGAUAUCUAUAUUCUUUGACCUUCUAUUCAUGGUUCAACAUUACGUGCUGUAUCGUGGCAAGAGAGCAGUGAUCACCCCUAAAAUCAUCAGCAAGGAGAGCUCGGAGCCACUCGUCAAGUCAUCUGAUGACCCAGUUUCGGAGAAUGUAUAAAGCUUUUGGCUUGGCUCUCAAGAUGUGUGAUAGAUAUUAGCUCACAUCGUCGGUGUAAGAAUUAGCAAACUUUUUCUGCAGGUUAUUUUACCUAAAAGCAUGUUGUAUAACAUUGUGUACAGGGAAAAAGAAGAAGGAAAAAACAUUUAUUUGGAGCAUUAAAAGUAGGCAACAGUGUAUGCAAUUAAAGUAUAUGUUUGCAUACCACUUUUACUAGAGGAUCCGUAAGAAAUAAAAAGAUAGGUUUUUACAUUUUCCAAACA